UCCAAGCAGCAACAGCAACAGGAGCCCGUGCGCGGCGGGGCGCGGCGGCGCGUUGUGCGUGGUUACUGACAGGCACCAGCUGCCGCGCUAUGUGGCCGCUCGGAGCGACAGGCGGAUUCCAGACUAAUCCCGGAGGGCUGGCCCAGCCCGAGCUGCCCGGGCUGCGAGGAAGCGAUGACCACUCCUGUUAGCCCAAGUUGAAGGCAGCCCGGCUGCGCUCGGGAGCCCCGGAGGCCGUGCUCUCCAGAAGAGGCGGGAGAGAGAGAGAGAGAGAGAGAGAGAGAGCGAGAGAGUGAGCGAGCGAGCGAGAGAGCGAGGAACAUGAACUGAAGAGUAACCAUGUAUGGGAAUUAUUCUCACUUCAUGAAGUUUCCCGCAGGCUUUGGCGGCUCCCCCGGCCACUCCAGCUCCACGUCUGUGAGCCCAUUGACAGCCUUGUCCACAGGGAAGCCAAUGGACAGCCACCCCAACUACACAGACACCCCCGUGAGUGCCCCACGGACUCUGAGCGCGGUGGGGACGCCCCUCAAUGCCCUGGGCUCUCCAUAUAGAGUCAUCGCCUCUGCCAUGGGCCCACCCUCAGGAGCACUGGCUGCGCCUGCGGGAAUCAAUCUGGUUGCCCCGCCCAGCUCUCAGCUAAAUGUGGUCAACAGUGUCAGCAUUUCAGAGGACAUCAAGCCCUUACCAGGGCUUCCUGGGAUUGGAAACAUGAACUACCCAUCAACCAGCCCCGGAUCCCUGGUUAAACACAUCUGUGCCAUCUGCGGGGACAGAUCCUCAGGAAAGCACUAUGGUGUGUAUAGCUGUGAAGGCUGCAAAGGCUUCUUCAAGAGAACCAUACGCAAGGACCUCAUGUACACGUGCCGGGAUAACAAGGACUGCCUCAUUGACAAGCGUCAGCGGAAUCGCUGUCAGUACUGCCGCUACCAGAAGUGCCUGGUGAUGGGCAUGAAGAGAGAAGCUGUGCAAGAAGAAAGGCAGAGGAGCCGGGAGCGGGCCGAGAGUGAGGCCGAAUGUGCCAGUAGUGGCCAUGAAGAUAUGCCUGUGGAGAGGAUUCUAGAAGCUGAGCUUGCUGUUGAACCAAAGACAGAAUCCUAUGGUGACAUGAAUAUGGAGAACUCGACGAACGACCCUGUCACGAACAUAUGCCAUGCUGCUGAUAAGCAGCUUUUCACUCUUGUCGAAUGGGCCAAGCGCAUCCCCCACUUCUCUGACCUCACCUUGGAGGACCAGGUCAUCCUGCUCCGGGCAGGGUGGAACGAACUGCUAAUUGCCUCCUUCUCCCACCGCUCCGUCUCCGUGCAGGACGGCAUCCUUCUGGCCACCGGCUUACAUGUCCACCGCAGCAGCGCCCACAGCGCUGGGGUCGGCUCCAUCUUUGACAGAGUCCUGACUGAGCUGGUCUCCAAAAUGAAAGACAUGCAAAUGGACAAGGCGGAGCUGGGGUGCCUGCGGGCCAUCGUGCUGUUUAACCCAGAUGCCAAGGGUCUGUCCAACCCCUCGGAGGUAGAGACUCUGCGAGAGAAGGUUUAUGCCACCCUCGAGGCCUACACGAAGCAGAAGUAUCCGGAACAACCUGGCAGGUUUGCCAAGCUGCUGCUGCGCCUCCCGGCCCUGCGCUCCAUCGGCCUGAAGUGCCUGGAGCACCUGUUUUUCUUCAAGCUCAUCGGGGACACGCCCAUUGACACCUUCCUCAUGGAGAUGUUGGAGACCCCGCUGCAAAUCACCUGAACGCCCCCAGCCGCACCCCCCCCCCCCAGCCUGGGACUACCCCUGGGCGGGUGUGUGUGGACCCCUCACCCUGCACACGUCCCGCCGCCUCCCGCCCUGACCCUUUCCCGUUCCAAUAAUGUGAUGCUUACAAUAAAGAAACCUUUCUACACGUGCGACUUUUAUAGGUGGUUUUGUACAGAUGUUAAAGGAAACCCUUCUUUGCAAUCUGAGGGGCUGGGGAUCUUUCUGGAAGUUCUUGGAAAACCUCACCAAGCCUCUGUACAUAUAAUUGGUUUAAAUUAUUUUUUCACUUGCCAUGGAAAGCAAACGAGCGAAUAAUAAAAUAAUAUAUAUGAUGUUGA